CGCAUACAGAGGGUCCACUAUCGCUAACUAUAUCUGGGCAACCGACGUGUGGAUGAUGGGCUGAGAUUCCGGCAAGAGAUUCACGAGUGACCGCCCGUCGACUCUGCUUCAUUCCUUGCCCCCGGAAAUUACUUUGACUCCGUUCAGAUGCGACUAGCAGCUCUUAUUUAGCGACAGUUGUUUCAGAAAGACUAACCACAGCAACUCCGCCAGUAAAGGAGGAAAUUCAGCAAUGCUUGGUCAGUCCCUUCAAAUCCUCCCUUGCUGGAAUACGGCAACCUCGUGUCACCGUCAUGCAACUUCUUUUCCCAUCCUGAGGCGCCGAGAGAGACGCCGCAGUAACAAACGUCUGGAUAUAGCUGCCACCGCCACCAUGGCGACUCCGAGCGGCAGCGUUCAAGUGCAGCCAGGCUCGCCGGAAAAGGUAGCUCCGUAUUCUGAUUCCGAGCCGCGCCGCCUCAUUUUGCUUCGCCAGGCGCAGAGUUCACGGGAUAACCGCUCCCUCAGAGAUUAUGAUCGGCCUUUGAGCCAAUCCGGAAAACUUGAUGCUGCUAAAGUUUCUCAUAAGCUACGGAAAUUGGGAUGGAUUCCAGGGCUCAUUUUAUGUAGUGAUGCAACUAGAACUAGAGAAACUCUGAAAAUAAUGCAGGAGCAGGUGAGGGGAUUUUUUGAAGCAGAGGUGCAUUUCCUUUCAAGUUUUUAUUUUGUUGCAGCCAUGGAUGGGCAAACGGGUGAACAUCUUCGGCAGGCAAUCUGUAAAUACUCUGCUGACAAUGUACUUACAGUAAUAUGCAUGUCCAGGUGCAUGGGGCACAAUAGGGGGUGGGAGGAGGCUGCUUCCAUGUUUUCAGGGGCUCUUGUAGAGCUGAAGACUUGUAAUGCCGCUUUACUUGAAGCUACCGGGAAGUCAUGGAAGGAGGUAUGUUUAGCAUUGGGCCAUUAAAGGCAUUUUCCCUGACUGGAUUUGGUGGGUGGAAGCUCCAUGGCAUAGUGAAGCCAGGUGCUGUUAUAUAGUUCUAUAAUGUACAAGAAGAUCUUAAGGGAAACAAAGCAUAAAAAAUUGCUGUGUGUUUGUGUACGCGUGAUCUGAUACAAGAAGUCAAACUAAGAAGAAAAUUUGAUAAUGGGAUGAGCAUUUGCUUUGUAGAUGAUAUGUAGAGGUGUGAUGUGUUUUGGAUUUGGUGAUAGACUUUCAGUCGAGUACUACGCUACUAUAGUACUAUCAAACAAUGUCAUCAAGAGUAUAUGAUCAGACCGUUCAGGAAAAUUGAGGUUAUUAGUAAUAUGAAUAUACGAUGGGUCCUUUUGUAGUUUUCCGACUCUAUUAUAAAUAUAUAUGUAGAGGCUUCUAUUAGAGUAACAUGUUCUAUUAUCUUAUCAGAGGUCAGGGGGGAUCUGAUUUGCG